GAAUAUUCGAAAGGCUGUAAUAAACAAAAAAAUCCUGAAAUAUCUAGGUAUAUUUUAUUUAGUUCUUCAUUUACAAUGUCUGAUACAGAGAAAAAUGACAUGCUAAUCUGUCCUUAUAAUAAGGCACAUGUCGUUUCAAAUUUGAGAAUGCCAAAACAUUUGAGGAACUGUCGUAAUUCUUACAAAAGAAAUGACAUAAAAGUUUGUCAAUUUAACUCUACACAUCAUAUCGCAGAAUCUGAGUAUGCUUCUCAUUUGGAACAUUGUCCAAGUAAAGUACAAACGAUGUUGUUAGUUGAAACCUCGAAACGAAAGUUUAAAAAUGACGAAGAGACGAUAAAAAACGAAAGAGAAAAGCGCAGUAAAAUCGAUAAUGCUUCUGGAAACUUUCAAUCCGAUGAUGAAUGGGAUAAUAACCCACAAAACUUUCAAGAUAAAUCUGGUAUAGACAAAUUUAACUCUAAUAUUCAUAUUGUCCAUUUUCAACAUAUGACGAAAUCAAAAAGAGAAGCUGCAACGAAAGCGCAUUAUGAAAAAGUUCUAAAUAAAAACUGUGACUCCGAAUUGUCCUAAACUUCCAAACCAUUAUUAAAAUACCAAACGCCAAGAAUCAAUCUAUAGUAAAAACUUAUGAUGAAUUCAUAAAAUACACAUAAGCAAACACAUAAGUAAGUGUCGUCAUUCAUUGAAUUCAAACAAUAAAUAUUUCAUUAAAAAAAACUAAGAAUCUCUUAUAAUUUAGUUGAUCACAUUAGUAUUAGAUAUAAUCAUGAUCAGUUAAAAAUGCUUAUUGAAACUUUAAGAUGUAAAAUUUAUGAAAAGAAAUUUAUUUGAGAUUUAUAUAGAAUAAGAUAUUUUCCAAAGAAAAAAAGUUAAACGUGAUAAUUUUAAUAAAAUAAAAGUAAGUGAGAGAAAUG